AUGCCACAACCCGAAUACCCCAUCCUCCCCCGCGAGAGCACCCUCACCAAUCUUCCCGCGGAGUAUCCCACCGACACAGAAACCUGCCAUGAGAUCUCUGUCCUAACGUUCUGGGACAUCCAUCGCCCAAAUCGCCAAAGCAACGGACCAAAAGAGCUGGACGCCGCGCAAUCGGUCUUCGGGCCGGCUGAUGCCCUCAUCCUCGCGCCGUUCUUGUUCCCGGGUGGCAAAUUCACAAGCAAUGAUGUGCACUAUGUCGCUGAAGGCAAUAACCUUGUGCCCACCGGUGCAACGCAAUUCACGAAAGAUGCUACGUUCGGCUAUAAGAGUUCUGAUCUACGGGAUUAUAUCGCUGGGAAAGUACCACAGUUCAAAGCAGAGCAAGUAUGCUCCGUGACGAUUGAAGAGAUCCGCACCGGCGGGCCAGAGACAAUCUGCGAGAAACUGCUUGCUGCGCCUGUGGGCAACGUAGUUAUUGUGAACGCGGCAGCGGAGUCAGAUAUGCAUGUCCUCUCGAACCGAGCGGUAGACAUUUCCUCUACCGCACCAGCGCGGCCUUCGUCUCGACUAGACUUAUCCGAUCUUAAGCGCCCAUCUCCAGGGCUGAGCUUCAUCGCCCAUCACCCCGCCAUACAGGUGGGUUGGUUAUUGCCGGGUCCCCAGUUGAAGGUGUUGAUGGACCGGCGUGGGGCGACAGACCAGCUCGCUGUCAUUGAAAUGAACGUCGAUAACCUUCUUUCGUCGGCGGAGACGGUAGCACGGACUGGAUCGCGUAUUGCGCAGGAGAUGGAGUCUCAUCUCCGAGAUGGGAUGGAUACGCUUGUUAUGACGAGUCGGAAGCUCGUGAUUGGUGAUGAUGAGUUCUCAUCGCUGAAGAUUGGGGGCGGGAGUACUGCUUCAGAGGCUGCGACUCAGGGCUUGAAUAUCAAGCGUGCUACCAUCGUUGGUCAGGCUGCACCGGGUAUUCCUCUCUGGCAGUGCGAUAGGUGGACUAGUCACCAUCGGGAUGUGCAUUUUGUUGUAUUUCCUGCUAAUGUGGGAGGAGACACUUUGCAAGUUGGUGGAAGGGUGGAGUUGGUGUUCGAUUGUUCCAGUUUCGUUAGCAGUAAUGUUAGUUGA